AUGGCGGCCAUGCGAGACCCCGAACUCGACGAUGUGCCUCCUCCGCCGUACUCCGAGACAGACAUCUACUCAAACUCUGGCCGGCCGUCAAAUCCGCCCUCAAGCUCACCACACAUCUCGUCUCAUCAUGGCGCCGACGACACUGCCUCGCGCGGCUCUUCGCACGCCUCAUCGCACAGCGAAGUUAUCUACACCCCGCCAUUGACACCCCGCACCGGCGGCCCAGGCAGCAGCGGCGGCGGCGGUUUUCACCAUCAUAGCUCGAAUGCGAGCCUCGACCUCUCCAGCCGCUCUCUCGCGGCAACUGGAGGAGGAUCUCACCAGUCUCAAUCUCUUUCGGGUUCAGUGUCGGCAUCAACAACAGCGUACUCUGAGUUUACAGCGUCCUACUUCGAAUCUAGGCCGCCGCCCGCGGCACUCGCCUCGUUAUCCAGGGACCAGCUUCUCGUUCACGCACUGACCGUCAACCCGACCUCGACACCGGACGACGUACCCUACUCCCCGGCCUGGGCCCUCCGCGACGUCACGCAGCAGGACUGGGCAACGUUUCUCAAUUGCCUGAUCCCGCACCACGCUGCGGCACGGAACGAGGCCGUCAUCGUCCGUAAGCUGCAGGCCGAGGAGGAGGCCCUUGCUGUCGCCGCCGCUGCCAGGUCGAAUGGAAGAGGUACAGGGCAGAGCAACAGCGGCGGUAGCGCUCAUGCUUCGGCGCAACUAGAUCAGAUUCGCGCGGACAGGGAGACCGACCCCGGGGCGGCGGCCGUUGCUUCGGGUACAAGGAGAGAGGAAGCAGAAGAUGUGGUCGCGCAGUGGAACGAGGGGUUCUUCCGACCCAGGGGCAUGCUCAUCACGCUGGUACCUGAGGUAGUGGAGGACGAUCUGCACAUGCCGGGCGCGUGGGACCGGUCCUUUGACAGAAACGCUGAGAAUCCUGCUAUCGGAGGCGGCAACCGUGACCUUGGUCUCGGUGAUGGGAGUGGCAGUGGCGGUCCCACGCCCGUACCUUUCCCAGUGCAUCCUGGUCAAGGGCCCGCGAUGCAAACCCAGCAGCAACCUCAGUCUGGCUCCAACGAAUCACGAAAUAGCUGGAGCUUUGGCGGUAUCACUGUCUCCACGGAUGGUAUCAACAUUGGCGACCGCAUUGUCGCAGGCAGCAACGGUAUUCGAGUAGGGAACCUUAUUGCGGACGAGAACGGCAUCAGAUUUGGAAGCACUACCACGCCGCGCGCGCAAGCGCAUUAUGCCGGCCCCGGGUGGGCUCCUCCUCCGCCGCUUGCACCUCCGGGUCCGCCACCGGCGCCCAUGUUUGGCGGGCCCGACCAAGUUCCAGGAACCUUUUUCCCGACGGGGCCGCCUCACCCUCAGCCACCGAUCAUUCCACAUCCGAACCCGCAGCAUCCCUUUUACCAAGGCAGCGGCCCAGAACAACAACACGCUCGCCAUGAGAGCGGAGAUGGCGGGAGAGACGGAGUAGCAGGCCGCGGUCGACCUCCCGGCCGGUACCCCUCAGACCAGCGCUCCAUCUCAUCCUCCUCCGCCUCUUCUUCAUCUUCAGCAUCCUCUGCAUCCUCCGUCGGCUCACUGCCAGACUACGAAGAUCUCUACCCUUCACAGCUUCCCAUCUACAAACAGCGUAUCACCACUUGGCUAUCACACCCAGAACAGCCCGUCACGAAAGACGAUAUUGCGCAGCUGCGCGAGGACAUACGUUCCGCCGGGUCCAUAGGGGCGACGCAACCCUCGCAGCAGCCAGAGACAGGACCAGAAGGUGCAGCUACUGCUGCGUCGAAAAAGGCAGAGGAGAAAGCCCUCAGAGCGGAAAUUAGAAGCAUCACGCAGGACUGGCGCAAACUCAAGCGCCAGCAGCGGGCAACGCGCAAGGAAAAGCGGAAGGAACGCCGCGCGAGGAGGAAAGAGGAGAAGAGGGAGCGGAGGGAGGAGAGGAGGGAAAGCAGGAGGGAGAAUAGGGGGGCAAGGCGGGAGCAGAGAGAGGCGCAUAGGGAAGCGCGGAGGGGCGGCGGUCGUGGUGGGCUAGGAGGAGAUCCUAAUCACCAUGAUCACCAACGUCGGCAUCAGCUAGAGCACCAACGGCACCAGCAGCAACAGCACCAGCAACAGCACCAGCACCAGGCGCAACAGAGACAACACCAGGAGCAGCAGAGACGACACCAAGAACAGCAAAGACAACAUCAAGAGCAGCAGCGUCGACAUAGCCAACAGCAGCAACAACACCAACAGCAUCAACAACAGCAGCAUCAUCAACAAAAUUCACAACACCAACAGCAUCAGCAACACCAGCAACAUCACGGUCCCGGACCGGCGCCGUGGGGCGGGCCGACAGUGUUUGUCCCGCCGAUUGGUGUUCAUGUUCCCCGGCCCCCCGUGGUACACGGCACUCCUCCGAUCCCCAACUUCCCCAAUAACACCUCUCCUGUGCCGAAUGUUUGGGGCAUGCCGUGGGGACCUCCAGGGCCGGGUAGAGGUUCCAUGCCGGGUGGUUUCCCAGGUAGUGGUCCUCCUGGUCCUCCUGGUCCUCCUGGUCCUGGUCACUGGGGAGGGUUGCCCGGGGCAUGGCCAUUCACAGCAGUACCGCCAGCGCCAGCAGCAGGGAACAGAAGCCCCAGCAUCGGCGGCGGCGCUGGCAUGACCUCUGCCCCAUCCACGCCGACGCCGCCCUCGUCCCAGGCGCUUUUCAAGGCGGUGGAGGACAUGGAGAAGGACAUCGCCAGAAGGGUGGAGGAGCUAGACAAGGCGAGGACCGAGAUGCGGGAUAACAAUCCUGGAAGAGGACGCUGCGGCGGCGGUCGAGGCUGGGGCCGUGGCCGUGGCGGGGGAUGCGGCGGAAGAGGCGGCGAUGACAAUACGCAGCGCCUAGAGGAGGAGAUUGACGAGUUGUCGAGGAAUAUCGAAAAACUCAAGGUCGAGGCGGACGCUGAGUUUGCGCGGGAGUUGGCGGCGGAGGAUCAGAAGUCUGGGGUGUGGUAG